GGGGCCGCCUUCCGGCACGCGCAGCGGCGCCCGGGCAGCGGCAGAGCUCCGCCGGCCGCGAGGUGAGUGCAGCCCACGGGGCGGGGGCGCCGCGCUCGGGGGCAGCUCAGGGAAAGCUCUGGGGUACUGUGGUGCUGAGCCUCGCGCAGGGGCUGCUCGGCACCGAGUUCGGCCUCCGUCCGCGGGCGCCGCUCCGCCCGCCGAUGCGGGCCGUCCCUUUGUUGUGUAGAGCCAGGGCCCGGCGCCGGCGAGCAGCGCAGCGCCUCGGGACGGGGCGGCCGCGGUCCCGCGCGAGUUUAAACUUUACCGGCGGCCUCGAGCCUGUCCCCGGGCCGGGCCGGCCCGCUUGCGGCUCCGCUGGCGGCCUUCCGUGCCGGCGGCCCUUCGGCGCGGCGCUGCGCCCCGCUCUGCCCUCUUCGCGUCCCGGCCCUCGCCCCGCUCUCCCCGGCCGGUCCGACUGUCAGCUCGGGGCGGCCCGAGCCUGGCCGGGCGCGGAGCGGUGCGGCCGCUGAGGGAGGGCAGCGGGAAAGGCGGCGCCGCACGGUCGAACGGGGCCUCCGCGGAGCCCCGCGCUGCCGCCGCGGGUGCGCGGCCGUUGGUCCGCCCGGCGCAGCGCCUCGGGGGCGGCGGGUGUGGGGCGGGCCGGGACCGGCGGCGCGCGGAACCUCCGCCGUCGUCUUUUGUGCGCGCUCUGUUCCUCGUGAAAGGGCUGGGCGGCCGCGGCCCCGGCCGAGCGCUUGAAAUUUAUCCCUUUGUGUAUGUUACAAUCUCCUCCAUUUUUCCUGCCCUCCAAACAACGAGCCUUUCGCCAUCUUGGGCAAAUUGGUAUUCCCAAGUCUCUCCGUCUUUUUUAGGGGGAAUAAGUGGAAAUCCGGAAAGUCUUUUUGGAUCCGACUCGAAGUUUAGGAAAUGUUACGGGGAUGGGCGGUGACGUCAUGUUAAGUUUAAGGGGAUUUUUUCCAAGAGCGCGCGCUUUCCGAGGAACGGUGACCCGUGGCGCUGGGAGCGGGCGGCGCGGUCCUGGCUGUGCUGUGGGCGAGCGGCGAGAGCGGUGUCCGCUGUGUGGUAACCAGCAGGGAAAUACUCGUGCUUUUGCAUUGUUCUCCCGUGCUCUCGCCCCCUCCCCCCCGCCCCAUGCUGUUUAUUUUGUUUACCCGAAGUUCUUACGUUAAGUAAAAAACCCUUCGGAGGUAUGUGUUAUUUGCGUGUACAGAAAGCAGUUAAUUGGUGUGAGGGAUACAUGGAAGACUUCGUCCAGAACCUUCCCCUGAGGAGUAAACAGUUUCUAUUUCGGAUGAAGCACAUGGGAGUAAUGGAAAUAGACAGCUGUCCCGCUUUUAUCUGGCAUGUUUUUGGGGCGGAUUUGGAAGCGACGCUUUAAGCAUAUUGUUAAAAGGUUCCUCUUGGAAAGUCUCUUUGCCCCUCCUCUCCUUUCCCCUCCCCAGUGUUGCCGAUGCUAUCUAAUGGUGGUGCUGUGUACUCGCUAUGCUGAAUUCAUUUACUUAAAAAAAAUCUCUUUUGGUACUGGCUCUCAGCUCUGCGUCAGCUGCUGUGAAGAGGGAAACAACAAAAGGCGCCGUUCUUCUAAUUUACUUCACAAUUACACUUUUUCUGUAAGGUCUCUUAAAUGUUUCUCUGGUCGCAUGGUAAGACUUACUACAACAUUGGGCGGUUGGUAGGGAAUACCUCUUUUAAGUAAAGUUCUGUUGUUUCAUUCUUUUUCCUACAGUCGCCUUACUUGCUGCAUAUUUACAGUUGCACUAAUGAGAAGAUGAAAUUGUCUGUGUUUAGUUUGUAUUUCCUUUGUCCUCAAGGUUGAGAAAAACGCUGAUAGCCUGUUAGUGCAUCGAGACUUCUUCUGACAAAGCUGAUGUUGAAUUAUAUGUGUAAAAUAUCCUAAGGGCUGUGUUGGAGUGUCAGAUUGCCUGGCUGUGUGUAGGGCUUUUUUAAAUGCAUUGGAAAGCAUGACGGAAUCGACUGUUUGCCAGCUACGUGCACCUGAGGUAGAUGAAAUGUUUAAGUAGUUAAGAGCACAUCGAACAGAUGGUUCUAAAUUAUACAUGCAGCUGAGGUCUUAGAAGAUUUGGUAGAUUACAAACGGUGAGCAGCAGAGGAUAAGCAGUUUCAGACAAUGAUAGUUUCUGUAUUUGAGGUCUCAUGCCUGUAGUAAACUAUGUGUGCAUUUUUAUUGAAGUGCUGCGAAAGCAACAGACUGCAUUGAAGAAUCGGGCAGUGCACCCUGCUCAGGAGUGGCUCAAAGUCAGUUCUGAAUGGCAACAAAAUAGUUUUGUGACUAGUGUGUACCAGUAAUAGACUGGCUUUGCUCUAUUAGUAUUUAUCAUGUAUUUAUCAUCCUCUUUUUUUUUUUUAUUAAACUAAAUACCACUGUACUCAUUUACUUAGAAUUUGCUAUUGCCAGAAAAAAAAAGUCCUUUUAAGACUCAUUCUUGUAGAUUAUUGUAAAUCAAUAUAUUGAAAAUAUGUCGUAAAAGUAUUUGAACAGGGUUAGGGGAAAGAUAAUAUGAACUUGUUAAAUUUUGGGAGAAAGGUGUUUAUGAAAAUAAGCAAAGACAGUUAUCUCCUUAGGGGAUAAAUUAGCACUAUUUUUAUAUUGUGCAAGAAAUUAGCCACGGUUAGGCGUUGUGGUGUGCUUAUUUGCUGGUUUUACUGACCUCAUGGUAAGGAUAAAUUGCCACAAGACUGGCAUGUGUUUCUGAGACACACAAAACUUGCAUAAGGAAGUAAUGGAAGUCUUUCUUUUUAGGUCCUGUUGCCUGUUCCUUUGUUUGCAUGUUUAUUGUAGAACUGCAGUGUGAAGGAGCAGAUGUUUUGGAAAACAUCCUGAUGUGUUGCUUUUUCUUAUGGGAGUGCAUAACUGUUCCUUCUGAUGCAUCAACUUGACAGCUGGUUGAUUUCAUGGAGCUGCUAAGAAGCCAUUAGUGGUGUCAUUGAAUUGAAACAGAACAGUCACUCGCUGCUUGAACUGCAGUUGUUAAAGUCUUCCUUGCUACUUCUGCGUUCUUACAAGUAGAAGAAUAUCACAGCUGCAAAGGGGGAGUUUGUGCUGUGCCUCAUCUCCCUGUAUUAAGGAUGAGGAGGUACUUGACUGCUUUUAGUUGUACAAUAUUACAGUGGCAUAUGGCAUGUUUAGAACUAAGAUUGGAAUCAUCGAGAGGUAUAGAUAGUGCUGCCAAAAAUGCGGUUUCCUACACACACUGAAUACAGUAAGGGGAUCUCACAGUUCAGGUUACUUCUGAUGUUUUGUGUCCCUAAUACACGUUUCUUAAAACACCUUCGACUUUCUUCUUGGUGCUAGGUAGGAGUAAAAAGAACAAGUAACACCCCAGAACCUGGCUGUUUUUUUGUCAGAAAUCCAAGGCUGUACCCUGUAAUACAGACAUACGAUUAAGAUGAACUGUAAUAGUAGAGAACAGUUUUCGUUUUGUUUGACAGAAAGAUUCUGUUACCCUUAUAGAAGAUUAUGGAGGAGUAGUACUCCAUAUUUUCAUCAUCUAGCUAAUUUGUUGCGAUGAGGAUUUCCCAAGUCAGUUUUCUCUGAAGUAUGUAUGGUUCAGCUUUUGGCAUGUUUCUGUUUUACUGCCGCACACCCAAUAAAUGAUGCCAUGUCAUGUUUUAAGCUACUUUGUGGUCUUGGGUUGCCAUCAGAAGAAGUAAUGAUAUGGACCUCAAGGACAGUGGUGCUUUUUGUUAUUGUUAAAUUGUUCACUGAAGCAUCCUGAACAUUAACGGAAUGGAAUGUGUGUCAGUCAGCCUGUUUAAAGAAAUCUUGUGUUGGUGGUGAGGAUAACAUUGUGCAGAAUCCAAAAUGUAGGUAUAGUUGUUCUUUCUGACCUCACUAGAACAGGUAAAUUGAAUGUCUUUUGUAAAAUAAGGUAUGGUUAAAAUUUUUGUUUGCUUUACUGUUGCAUUUUAGAUUAGAAAUCAGUUUGUUAUGUUUUCAGCAUGCAGUGGUAGGACAGUGGUUCAUUCAUCUUUGAUGUGAUUGAAUUGGUAGGAAUUUUGGAGUUCUUGGGAUCUAGGACUGUAAACAAGACUGUUCAGUAUUGGAUUAGAGGAAGCAAGUCCAUCUCCUUCCCAUCCCUCACAAUGUACCUACUUGGUUUUACAGAAGUAGUUAGCAAGAGCUGAGUUACCACUUCUCUGAGUUUCUGAGUACUACUGCGAAGGUGAGAAUGUGUUCAUUUCACAGCUAUGCAGACUGGGGUUCUGUCUGGAGCGGUGAGUCUUUUAGAAGGUGUUGGGAGAAGUGAAAGAAAGGGUGUCUUCAUGGCUGAUCUGUGCUUUCACUGUUAGACACUUUGAAAACUGAAAUGCAUGGUUUGUUAAUCAGAAAGAGUAGUGCUGCUUCAGUACUUACGCUGACUGCGCAGAGCAUUUAAAAUUUGGAAUUGUAUUUCAAUAUAUUCUCUUCAGAAUAGCCAAGAAAAGUAAUGUACUUUUCAAUCUUGCCUUGAAAAUGUGUGAUUAAGAGACAAACUAAAAAUGUAGAAUAGCAUCUUAUUCAAUUAGCACACCACUUCUGAGCUGAGUUUUUACUUACUUUUACUUUUCUACUGCCUCUAAAUCUAGAGUUAUAUAAUGCCCCAGUUUUGAACCGUUCUUUGCCAAAUAAAUAAAGAUUAAAGAACAAAACUGUGUUCUUUCUAGAUUUGAUAGCGGACUUCUUACUGAAAACAAAACAAGAUUACCGAAGUUUACCAUGUCCUUUGAUCUUUUUUUCUUUAAAAAAGAGAGUUAUUUUAUUUCCCAAAUUUUCAUUAAAUGAGACCAACAGGUGAUGAAAUGACUCUCAAUGAAAGGAUGUUGUGCACAUUUGCAGUUUUUUAAUGUAAUAAUAAGAAAAGGAGGAUGAAGGGUUUUUCUCUCCUUACCUUAAUAUAAUUGAUUUAUGCAUUUUAUAUAAUUUCUAAUAAAAAUAUUUUAUCUUUCUGUGGGUGUUUUUUGAUAUCUGUAGAGAAAAGUCAAAUAUCAAAGAAGGAACACGUUUUAAACCUUAUCUAAUGUCGGGGGGUAUCUCAGAUGUAAUCUCUGCAAGCUUGCAAAAAAAAAAAAAAUAGACCAUGCAAGUCAGUAUCUGUUUUAUUUUUUCAGAAGGAUGAAGACCAUUAUCAUUAACAUAAGAGCUCUCCCCUUUCCUUCCCACUCACUGCAUUCAGGGCCUCCGGAAUGUCUUGCUUUCCGAGUGUGAAGGACACAUGACUUUUUGUUUUUCUGACUUGAUUUAGGUCAGGUAUUGUGAAGAGCUGAAUGUGUUAAGCCCUGAUAGUUUGCAAAAAGCUUGCAGAGAUUUAACCCCUCUCUGAGGGGGCACUGCAUAAACUUUUUGAACUCAAAGUACUAGAUGUGUAAAGGCACCAUCUAAAAUAAUUAUCUACCUGAUGAGUUAGUAUUGUGAACAGUCCAAUUGAAAGCAAUGGGAUUCUAAUUUUAAGAGCUAGUCUUGGGUAUUUCACAGCAGAAAACCUUGACGAAGAUGGUAGAUCUGGAAAACGUAUAGCGACUAGUAGACAGUGUCAUCUUCUUAGACCCUCACAUUGAACUUUUGCUCUGGAGUUGUUGCAAAGGAUGAUUCCUUUCGAAGUAUGAAUAAUUGAAAAGCCUCCCAGUGUGUUCUUAGAAAUUAGAGGAAGUGUAAAAUAGGUUUUCUUUAGAACAUGUGUUAAACGUGGUGUCUUAAUGUUACAAAAUAUGCACUGCUUAGCUGCUCUUGAGUUGGAAUCUCUAUCAAGAUACUCACUUGGAUGUGAAGCCAAAACUUCUAAAUCCUCUAGGUUAGUCUUUUUUCUUCACUUUGAAUAUGAAGCUAGCAACUUCCAAUUGUGACCUUAUUUAUUAAUCAGUUUGUAUUGACAAGUUUGGUUGUUUUUUUUUUAAUGCUGAAAGAUUCUUUAAAUAUCUGGCAAAAUGCAAUGUGCUGUUUAUUAUUCUAGAACAGGGGUUGUUUUGUGGUAUAUAGAUAUAAUCAGCAAAAAACCCCACAGCCAUAGCCCUCCCUCAGUGUUUCUGUGUAUAAAAGAAGUUUGGUUUGCUGAUGAUUAUUGCAGCGGUCCAUCGGGGCUGUAUGGAAGUCGUGUGGAUUUUGCCCCAUUUUCUGUUCUUACACUUUUCCAGAAGCACGCACUCAUUAAUCACAGACGCUGCACUCCUGCUGAGGGCAGAGAGGUUCAUCAAAUUGGCAGUCAGUUUGGUGUAAAGGAUGGUGUACUGAAGCUCUUAACGUGCUGGGACAUAAAUAAAUCUUAGGUCUUUAUAUGCAAACUCUGGAGGUUAAUACUGUAUAAUUCAAUGUCCUGUCUUUGUUUUUUAUGAUGUUUUUAAAUGCUUGAAGCUUGGUACAAGCCUUCUGGUAGGUCAGAGCCAACAGUGUGAAUGGCUGAAGGGAAAAAGCAUUAACAGAGGAACUUGGUUUAUGCUGCAGACACUUUCUUAUUUGUUUUAUUUUUUUAUUUUCCAUACUUACUUUUUGAUAGGAGAUAAUCUUCAUAUUGCCUGAGCUGUUAUAGGAAAGUUCCAGAGAUUGACAACCCCUGCUGUGAUAAUGGACUUAAUGCAUGGAAUGCUAGUAGUUUGGUCUUACUUGUUCUGAAGCUUACUGCUAUUUGUAUCCUUAACAGAGCUAACAUGAAGAACAACCAAGAACUACUGAGAUUUUUCAUAUAUAUAUUUCUCAUCGGUUUAAAAUGAAUAGCUUGCAUAUUCAUAAUUUAAGAACAGCUGGGUAUAGCAAGCACAUUGUCAUUUGCAAGCUACUAAAAACCAUUCCAAUUGUAUAUGGAGGCUGUGCUUGAGCUGUGCUUUUAAACUUUUUUUUUUUGUUGAGUCUACCUGCAUUUAAAAUCUGGGUGCUGCCAUCACAGAAGCCAUUGGUGUUUGUAUGGCAAACAGGUAUACAGGUAUUGGACCAGAGAGAUUAUUGCAUUACAAAGGAGUAAUGAAAUAAAGAUCUUACCCAUGUCCUGGGCUUGCAGAAGGGCUCCAAGAGAAGUGAUCUCCAGCUAGAGAUCCUUCCUCCUUGGGAGUCAGCCCUUAAAUGGGGUCUAGGAGAGGUGCAGCCAGGCUCCACCCCUUCCGGUCACUCAGGUGAAAUUGCGUUCACCUGUGGCCCUGCAGCUGACUCAGUGCUCACCUCAGGUGGUCAAUCAGAGAGGUUCAGGCCGUGGUUCAACAGUUCCCAUACAGUUAGAUAAACUUGCAAGAUAGCACAGUCUCAGUGUUAAAUAAUUAAUUCAACAAAAUACUGAAUAAAAUGAUAAACUGUGAGCUUUGGAGAAGCAAAAUAUAAGGGCCAGCAGUCACAUCUUAAUUACCAAUUCUUUAUGUAAAGCAGCCUAAAAACAUUAUAGCAGCUAACUGUUGCAGUCCUUUGGUUCUUUUUAUUGUUGUGAAUGAGAAAGUGUAGAUUUAUCCAGGGUUACUUGGUUAAAACUAGUUGCUGUAGUAUGCAUUGUGUGCCCAGUGUUUGAGGAGGGAAACACAAGGAUGUAAAAUGUGAAGAUGCACAAACUUGUGGUUUAGUACAAUGGUAAGAAGAGUCAGUGUUACCACAUUGGGGGAAAAAUAAUGGAUAUGUUACAAAUGACAAUUCUUUUUAUGGGGAUAGGAUUCCAUGUCGUUACAUGCUUAGCAGUAUCUGUCAGUGGCGGUGAUUGUAAGCUAAGAUUUCUGUCUUAAUAAGUGUUGUUGAUUUUGCUGCUGCUGUUUUAGUUUUUGUGUUCCGAGUUAGAAAUGAAGAGAACCAUUCCCUCUAGUUUGUACACUUAGUUUGGUAACUUUUCUGUAGUUUACUUUCUUUAGUGACUGGAGAAUAAUAUGAAGACUUAAAGAAGUUUUCUUUCUAAACAUUCUUAGUUCCCUUGGGAAGAGGCACUCCAAAUUCUUGCUGCUUUUGAGCCGCUCACAAAACAGCGAUGUCACAGAACUGAACACAUUUGUCACAAUAUGGAGUCUGGAGAGCGGUUAACGUCGUCAUCAGUCUCUUCAACUGCAGCUGCUUCAUCUCCAGUGUCUUCUACACCUUCUGUAGCUUCUGCGGUUUCCAAGAGUGGCCUUACCACUGGAGCUGCGUCGUUGAGUUCCACAAUCAACACGGGUGAAUGGUGGCGAACAGCGGACUCUCACUCUCGUUCUGGGGCAGCUUUUUUCCCACCACUCUUGGGCAUCUCACCGCUCUUUGCACCUCCUGCCCAAAACCAUGAUUCUACUCCAUUCCACCCAAGAACUACAGGAAAAAAUAAUCGUGGCAGUUUAGAAAAAGGUAUAAAUGGAUCACUGAAUGGGAACAGUACCACUGCAGCAUCUGCUAUCAGCACAUCUGUACUGUCCACUAGUAUUGCAACAUCCGCAGGGCAAGUGAAAGUGGUAACCUCAGGAGCAGGAGGCCGCAAAUACAACCAGGAGCAAAACAAAGUUCAGCUUUUGGACACCAGAGCUGACAAAAUUAAAGACAAGAAACCCAGAAAAAAAGCAGUAGAAAGCUCCAGUAACAGUGACAGUGACUCAGGCUCCUCGUCAGACACAUCGAGUGAAGGCAUAAGCAGCAGUGAUUCUGAUGACCUAGAGGAGGAUGAAGAGGAGGAGGAGGACCAGAGUGCUGAAGAGAGUGAAGAUGAUGAAUCUGAUUCUGAAAAUGAAGCACAUCACGAAAACAAGAACAAGGUGCUAAUGCAUAGUGGUGUAAAAGACAUGAAAACUGAUGGCCAAAAAGCCCAUGAAAAGUCCCAAGAAAAAAGAACACACCAGCAGAUACCUCUUGUGUCUGAUUCCCAGACUCAUUCAUCAUUCCAGUCCCAGCAGAAGCAGCCUCAGGUUUUGUCACAGCAACUUCCGUUUAUUUUCCAAAGCUCUCAGGCAAAGGAGGAAUCUGUGAACAAACACACAAGUGUAAUACAGUCUACGGGACUGGUUCCCAAUGUGAAACCUUUGUCUUUGGUACAUCAAACCAAAAAGGAAGCCUACUUAAAAAUCAUAGUUCCUCCUCCUGACCUACUCAAAGCAGGGAAUAAGAAUACCUCUGAAGAAUCCAUACCUUUGAUCAGCGAUGUACGAUCAAAACGAGAACAAUAUAAACAGACAUUCCCAGCAGCACAGCUAAAGAAACAGGAAUCAUCUAAGAACCUGAAGAAGGUUAUUGCAUCUUUGUCAAGCUCAAAACCGACAUCUUGUUCACCAGCUCAUCAAAAACUCACAUCUUUGGAAAACAACCAUUCUAAUCCAUUCCUGACAAAUGCACUUUUAGGUAAUCACCAACCCAAUGGAGUUAUUCAGAGCGUCAUCCAGGAAGUUCCUCUUGCACUUACUACAAAACAGAAAUCCCAAACCAAGAUCAAUGAAAGUGUAGCCAUUGCUAGCAGUACCCCCUUUUCUUUGCCAGUGAACUUGAGUGCAUGUGGGAAAAAAACAACUGGUAACCGGACACUUGUUGUGCCCUCUACCUCUCCUGUGUUACCUGGUUCAGGAAAGGAUAAACCAGUCAGCAAUAAUGCAGUAAAUGCAGUAAAAACACAACACUGCCUUCCGUCUGCAAAACUGGUGGUGGAGCAGUUCAGAGGGGUAGACUCAGAUGCCCCCAGCAGUAAAGAAUCUGACGACUCAAAUGAUGAUGAUGACGACGAUGAAGAUGAAGAUGAGGAUGAUGAAGAUGAUGAUUCUGAUGAUAGCCAAUCAGAGUCUGACAGUAAUUCCGAGUCAGAUACAGAUGGGUCUGAAGAUGAAGAUGAUGAGGAUGAUAAGGAUCAAGAUGAGUCAGAUACAGACACUGAGGGGGAAAAAACUCCACUGAAACUUAAGAAAACUGGUUCCUCCAUAAAGAGCUCUUCCAUUGGUCCUGUAGCUCAUUCCACUCCGCUAAAUCUCCAAGUAGCAAAGACCCCGAGCUCUGCACCAUCUGCCUUAUGUCCCGAGACCCAGCCUGCAGUUUUUCUUGGGACAACACCAUCUACUCUUACACCAAGUUCACACUGUGGCAUCUCAAAGAGACGAAGAGUAACAGAUGAACGGGAGCUGCGUGUUCCUCUGGAAUAUGGCUGGCAAAGAGAAACCCGAAUAAGAAACUUUGGUGGCCGUCUUCAGGGAGAAGUAGCGUAUUUUGCACCUUGUGGAAAGAAGCUGAGGCAAUAUCCUGAAGUAGUAAAGUAUCUCAGCAGAAAUGGAAUAAUGGAUAUCUCAAGGGACAAUUUCAGCUUCAGUGCAAAAAUAGGAGUGGGUGACUUCUAUGAAGCCAGAGAUGGACCGCAGGGCGUGCAGUGGUGUCUUCUGAAGGAGGAGGAAGUCGUUCCCUGCAUCAGAGCUAUGGAAGGGCGUAGAGGACGACCACCAAAUCCAGACAGGCAGCAUUCUAGAGAGGAGUCAAGAAUGAGACGUCGCAAAGGCCGACCUCCAAAUGUUGGAAGCACUGAAUUUCUAGACAGCACUGAUGCGAAGCUUUUAAGAAAGCUACAGGCUCAAGAAAUAGCUAGACAAGCAGCACAAAUAAAGCUACUGAGAAAACUCCAGAAGCAGGAACAAGCCCGAGCUGCCAAAGAAGCAAAAAAACAGCAAGCUAUUAUGGCAGCUGAAGAAAAGCGGAAGCAAAAAGAGCAGAUAAAGAUAAUGAAGCAGCAGGAAAAGAUUAAGCGGAUCCAGCAAAUCAGAAUGGAGAAAGAACUUCGAGCUCAACAGAUUUUAGAGGCAAAAAAGAAGAAGAAAGAAGAAGCAGCAAAUGCUAAAUUACUGGAGGCUGAAAAACGAAUAAAGGAAAAAGAGAUGCGAAGGCAACAAGCUGUUCUUCUCAAGCACCAGGAGUUGGAGAGGCAUAGACUAGAUAUGGUAUGGGAACGAGAGAGGAGAAGACAGCAUAUGAUGCUUAUGAAAGCCAUGGAAGCACGUAAAAAGGCGGAAGAAAAAGAGCGAUUAAAGCAAGAGAAACGUGAUGAAAAAAGGUUAAAUAAAGAACGUAAACUAGAACAGCGAAGACUGGAACUAGAAAUGGCAAAGGAGCUGAAGAAGCCUAAUGAAGAUAUGUGCUUAGCAGACCAGAAGGUAGCUUUGCCAGAGCUGCCUCGCAUCCCAGGCCUUGUUCUGUCUGGAAGCACAUUUUCAGAUUGUCUCAUGAUAGUACAGUUCUUGCGUAACUUUGGUAAAGUUCUUGGCUUUGACGUGAAUACAGAUGUGCCUUCCCUGAGUACUCUUCAAGAAGGUUUGCUGAACAUAGGGGACAGCAGAGGAGAAGUACAGGACUUGCUUGUAAAGCUUGUCACUGCAGCUGUUUGUGAUCCAGGACUUGUUACAGGAUACAAGGCUAAAACUAUUCUUGGGGAGCACUUACUGAAUGUUGGCAUCAAUCGAGAUAACGUGUCUGAGAUUUUGCAGAUAUUUAUGGAGGCUCAUUGUGGGCAAACUGAGCUUACAGAGAGCUUGAAGACAAAAGCUUUUCAGGCACAUACUCCAGCUCAGAAAGCAGCAGUGCUAGCUUUCCUUGUCAAUGAGUUAGCUUGCAGCAAAAGUGUAGUCAGUGAAAUUGAUAAAAAUAUUGAUUAUAUGUCGAACUUGAGGAGAGAUAAAUGGAUGGUUGAAGGCAAACUUCGGAAUCUUAGAAUCAUUCAUGCCAAAAAAACUGGCAAAAGAGAUGCUACAGGAGGUGGUGAAGUAGGAGAGGAGCCGCAUUCUUUGGAAACACCAACACCAGGCCGCAAACGGAGACGAAAGGGUGGGGAUAGUGAUUAUGAUGAUGAUGAUGACGAUGAUAGUGAUGAUCAGGCAGAUGAGGAUGAUGAGGAUGAAGAGGACAAAGAAGAUAAAAAAGGAAAGAAGGCGGAAGUUUGUGAGGAUGAGGAUGAUGGAGACCAGACAGUGAGUGUUGAAGAACUAGAGAAGCAGAUUGAAAAACUGACAAAGCAACAAAGCCAGUACAGAAAGAAGUUAUUUGAAGCCUCACAUUGUUUGCGUUCAAUGAUGUUUGGUCAAGAUCGUUACAGGCGCCGGUAUUGGAUUCUGCCCCAGUGUGGUGGCAUUUUUGUAGAAGGCAUGGAAAGCGGUGAAGGUUUAGAAGAAAUUGCAAAAGAAAAGGAGAAGUUAAAAAAAGUAGAAAGUAUACAUAUCAAAGAAGAGGUAUUUGAGAUCUCAGAAGAAAAAAUAAGCUGUUUAAAUACAACUCGCUGUGAGCAAAAGGAAGAUCUGAAAGAAAAGGACAACACUAAUUUGUUUUUGCAAAAGCCUGGGUCAUUUUCAAAACUAAGCAAACUGUUAGAGGUUGCAAAAAUGCCACCUGAGUCUGAUGUUAUGCCCCAAAAACCUAAUGGUGGUGCAGCAAAUGGAUGCACUCCAUCUUAUCAAAAUACUUCCCAAAACUCUCUGUGUAGUCUUCAACCCAGUGUAUCACAAAGCAGCAGCGAAAAGUCUGAUUCUAGUAAUCUUUUCAGUCCUACUGCAAGCGGGACAGGAAAGUUUUAUAGUUCUCCAUUAAUUCCAAGUGAUCAGUUAUUAAAGACUCUUACUGAGAAGAACAGACAGUGGUUCAGCCUUCUGCCAAGAGUACCCUGUGAUGACAUGUCAGUUACCCAUGUAGAUACACCAGCUACUACGUCACUUACUCCUCAAUCGCAUCCACCAUCAAAAUCACCAUCACCUGUUCCAUCACCUCUUCUGGGCUCAACCUCUGCACAGAGUCCAAUGGGAUUAAGUCCUUUUGCAAUGCCACCGCUGCAGCAGAUGAAGCCUGGACUACCUGUCAUGGGACUUCAGUUUUGUGGAUGGCCUACAGGAGUUCUUACUUCAAAUGUUCAGUUUUCAUCUCCUUUACCUACUCUUGGAUCAGGGUUGGGAUUAUCAGAAGGGAAUGGUAACUCAUUCUUGACAUCUAGUGUUCCUACAAGUAAAAGUGAAUCACCAGCACUGCAGACUGAGAAAGUAGCUUCUGCCACCUGUACAGCAGUGGAAGUGGCCAAGCCAGUAGAUCACCCAAACCCAAAACCAAUACCAGAAGAAAUGCAGUAUGGGUGGUGGAGGAUUACUGAUCCUGAGGACCUAAAAUCUUUGCAUAAAGUGCUGCAUCUCAGGGGAAUAAGAGAAAAGGCCUUACAAAAACAAAUACAGAAACACAUGGACUAUAUCACUCUGGCCUGCAUCAAAAAUAAGGAUGUUGCAAUUAUUGAUAUCAAUGAAAAUGAAGAUAACCAGGUAACUCGAGAUGUUGUGGAAAACUGGUCAGUAGAAGAGCAAGCAAUGGAGGUGGACCUUGCUAUUCUUCAGCAGGUGGAAGACCUAGAGAGGAGAGUUGCAUCAGCUAGUUUGCAAGUUAAGGGCUGGCUGUGUCCUGAACCUGCAUCAGAAAGAGAAGACUUGGUAUAUCAUGAACAUAAGUCAAUUAUUAGAUUGCACAAGAAACACGAUGGAGAUAGUGCUGGAGGCGGAGAAGGCAGUACCAGCUCUCUAGAGCGGAAGAAUGACAACCCUCUAGAUAUAGCUGUAACCAGACUUGCUGACUUGGAGCGGAACAUAGAGCGAAGGUAUCUGAAGAGCCCCUUAAGUACCACCAUUCAGAUCAAACUGGAUAAUGUGGGCACAGUUACUGUCCCUGCUCCUGCACCAUCCAUUAGUGGUGAUGGUGACGGAACUGAAGAGGAUAUUGCUCCAGGGCUGAGGGUAUGGAGAAAGGCGUUGUCAGAAGCACGAAGUGCUGCACAGGUAGCUCUGUGCAUUCAGCAGUUACAGAAAUCGAUAGCAUGGGAAAAAUCUAUUAUGAAAGUUUACUGCCAAAUAUGUCGAAAGGGAGAUAAUGAGGAACUGCUGCUGCUUUGUGAUGGUUGUGAUAAAGGCUGUCAUACCUACUGCCACAGACCCAAGAUCACUACCAUACCAGAUGGUGACUGGUUUUGUCCUGCCUGCAUAGCAAAGGCAAGUGGUCAAACUCUAAAAUUAAAAAAACUUCAAAUAAAAGGAAAAAAAAGUAAUGAACAAAAGAGAGGCAGGAAAUUACCAGGAGAUACAGAAGAUGAAGACUCUGCGACUACUAGUACCUCAUUAAAAAGAGGGAAAACAGAACCUAAGAAAAGGAAAAUGGAUGAAAGUGUUUCUGUAAGCCAAGGAAAACAAGAAAAUUUCACUGCUAUAAAGAAACCUAAAAGAGAUGACUCCAAGGACCUGGCUAUAUGCAGCAUGAUUCUCUCAGAAUUGGAAACUCAUGAGGAUGCUUGGCCUUUCUUACUUCCUGUAAACUUGAAACUUGUUCCUGGUUAUAAGAAAGUUAUUAAAAAGCCUAUGGACUUUUCCACAAUUAGAGACAAGCUAACUAGUGGACAGUACCCCAAUGUUGAAGCAUUUUCGCUAGAUGUCAGGCUUGUUUUUGACAACUGUGAAACCUUUAAUGAAGAUGAUUCUGACAUAGGCAGGGCUGGCCACAACAUGAGGAAAUAUUUUGAAAAAAAAUGGACGGAGAUUUUCAAAUUGAGCUGAAGUUACCAGCACUCAUUUUUUCCCCUUAAAUGAGGACUGAUGAGACCAGCAAUGUGAACAUGAAAGUGCAAGGCUCCUGCAUAACUAGUGACUGUUCUUCUUCCUUAGAAGUAUCACAAAAAAAGUGGUAUUAGUUCUAAAGGCUUCACUCCUACAGCAACCAUGGCCCCUUGGUUCUUGGUUUGUAUGUUUUAACAAACUAAUUUAGGUAGAACAGGGAAGCACACCCAAAGAAUUUCAAAGAAAGGGGUGUUAUAGUGCAAUAGCAAUUUAAAAUAUAUCAAAACGCACUGAAUAUUCAACCACCAGAGCUCUACUCGGGAAAAUGGUUCUUUUUCCCUUCCAAUAAAUAUCUAUUUUUCAUUUUUUUACUUUGUAGUUUAUUUUUUAGUGAAUGUAUUUAAUUUUAUGAAUUAUUUAUGAUUAUACAGCAUCCAGAAUCUUCGUUUUCUGUGAAAAGGAAGAAUUAGAAAAUUGCUUUAAAUCUUGAAAAUACAACAAGGAAUGUUUUAAAAUGUAAAACAAAGCCAAGUAAAACUGUUUACACUGAUGUGCUGUAAAAGCACUAAAAAUAAACUUUACUGUAGAGUUACAAGUACAUUUAUAUAUAUGUUGCUGCAUCACUUGUGUAGUUAAAUUGUAUUUCAAGACAGUGAAAAGAAAAAUUGAGACAUGUAUAUACUGUUCAUUAUUGUUUAUAUUAAGUCUUGUUUUAAAUAUGUAUGAUGUGUACAUAUGGUUUGCAGAUAUUAUUGUUUAUGCCUUAGGAGGACAGUAGCAUUUUAUUUUAGUCUUAAGGUAAUUAUAGCUAUAUGGCUUGUACAGUAAUUAUCCUCUACCAACACUGUGGAGUCUCCUUAAUCUUGGUAGUGCCUGCCUUUAAAAACAGGGUGUAGGGGAUAUUAGUUUUCCAUUUUUCUAUUUUGUUACAUAAUUUCAAGCCACCACAGCCUCAAUUUCAAGUAUAAUCAUUUGUAUCCAUAUGGAAUAAAAUUGUGACAAUUUCCUAGCACACACAGUAUUUUUUCAUAGAAACAUUUCCCUCCAUUUGCUUUGCCACAGAAAUAAAAAUAAAAAUUAAAAAAAAAAAAACACCAAAAACAACAACAACAACAACAAAAACAACAAAAACAAACAAACAAAAAAAAGACAUUUAUAACCACUGUGUUUUAUCUACUGUGUGUUGUGGUGGCCUGUUGGGACAGAUAGAGGUGGGGGCUUGGGGGUUUUAUUUUUAUUUUUUUUUUUUGUACUAAUGUAAGAGUACUUGAAGUUUUAUUUAAAAGAAAUGUUGUGGAAAGGUAGCAUUCUUUUUCUUUUUUUUUUUUUUUAAGAGUGUUAUUUUUCACUAGUAUGUGUGGCACGGAUACAAUAAAAGGUUGUUUUGCAAACAGA